AUGCCCGCUAAGCACGGGCACCGACCAGCUGCUGCAGAUCCUGGCAGCCCUGGCCUGUCUGUGUGGACAUUUAUGAAAUUCAUGGGCAGUCGGCGUAGAAAGGCCAGGAUCACACCAGCUGAUGUCCAGGCCCAGCCUGACACCAUCCCGACCCAGCUGACAAAUCCUGAUGUCAGCACUGCGUCGACUGCUGCCCCAGCAAAGUGUGACACCGCAACCACUGAUCACACAACCCACUGGGACACCACGUCCACCGAUGAUGUGUCACACUGUGACUCUGUGCUGCCUGGUCUCACGGAGGAGGCCGACGCCACAACGAUGGAGGGCGUGGCGAGCACUGACGCCGCGCCUGUUCAGCGCCUGGCCGAUACCCCCAGCCUGGAGUUUCUUGAGGAGAGAGCUGUCUCUGCUGAACUGGUUUGCAGAUUUAUCAGGUGCAUUUGGCAUGAAGAGGCCACUUUCAUGGUCACUGGGGACACGGCAAACUCGGACCUCUUCAAUGCCCAGACCAGCGCUGCCCUGCUGGAUUUGCUUGUGGAGAACGGUGUCUACAAAGCAAAGCAAGGAACUGUGGCACUCUGGGAGAUCAUCCAGCUGUCCCACUCCUGGUGCCCAAGUGCAUUGAAGGACAAUUUCCCACGCCUCCUUCUGACUCUGCUCUUCCAAGUUUUCAUCAGCACAGAGGAGAUGUCAGAGGAGGUCGAGACCUUCUGGAGGCGAUGCCGGGAGCAGCGCAGCCUUCCCCCCAACCCCAACAGGUUUGCAGUGCAGACUGUUAAAGCCCUGCUGUGCCAGCUGCUGGAUGAGGACGUGUUGAUGGCGAUCGGUCGCAAGAGUGGCUGGGACAUGCUCCUCAAGGCUGACAGCCACCACUAUGCAGUGGGUCUGCUGGCCAGGGAGCUGUGCCAUGUAUCCCGCUCCUUCUGCCGCAGCAUCGCCAUCAGCCUGCUCCCGCGGCUCAGCAGGGGAGAGCCCCUGUGGGAACUGCCUGCCCUGGCGUUCCUGGUGGAGGUCCUGCACUGCCUGAACCCCAGACAAUUUGGGCCCAGCGUCCUGCAGAUUAUUUCCAGGCACCUGCGCAGUCAGUGCCCGGAGAGGCGUCGCCUGGCGCUCCGAGGCCUGGUGGUGCUCAGCAAGGCUCCCUCAAUGGCUAAGAGCAUCCGGAGCCUGAAUGAAAGCCUCCUGGAGCUACUGCAGGAUGCAGACACGGACGCAGUUGAGAUGACUCUCACUGUGUUCAUCAAUGUGCUGGGCUUGAAAAUCAUCCAAAUAUCCAGCCCAAUAGCCCUGAAGUUGCUUGAGGUGCUGCGACCACUCUUUGACAACGAGCACAGCCAGCUGCAGCAGCUCUCCAUGCUCCUCUUCCAGGAGCUGAUGGAGGCGACAGAGAGGAGCAGGAGCCUAAAGCCACACGUGUACCUGAGUCUGAGGUGA